CCCCAACUAAGGAGAAGAAGGAACCAAGACGAUCCCAAGUGCUGCUCAAGAAAGCUGGAGUCACCAGAGAUGACGAUGACGAAGAUGACCCAAUUGAAGAUGAUGGGGGAACAGAUCCGUACAAUAUUUCAAAUGAUGAGUACUAUUACCCCAAGAACAUUGGUGAGAAUAAGCUGAGAGUCAGCAUGGCAGGAAACCUACAGCAUUCAACUCCAGCUGUUGAGUUGAGACAGCCUUUCUUUCCAACACAUCUUGGACCAUUUAAGCUCCGUCAUUUCCAUCGGCCUAUUUUGAAGAAGUUCUCGCAUGGUCCUCUCGCAAACCCUGGACACCAUGAAGUCUGGCCAUUGGUGAGGAGAAUUGAACUUAAGGCCAAGCAAAGGGAACAAGAGCGAGUUGCAUCAGGAGGGGGCAGUAUGUUUUACAUGCGAAAACCGGAAGAUCUGAUGGGUAUGGACGGCGAAAUCAUUCUCACAGAGUAUUGCGAGGAGUAUCCUCUGCAGCUUUUACAAGUUGGCAUGGCAACUAGGCUUUUGAACUUCUAUAAAAGGAAACCUGGAACUGAUGCAAAGCCACCAUCAUUUCAUUUUGGUGAGACAACAUUUGUACACACCUCCCCAUUCCUCGGAAACAUCCCCCCUGGCACCUCCCUACAAGCCCUUGAGAACAACCUCUACCGCGCCCCGAUAUACACAGACAAGAUGCCAACUACAGAUUUCUUGGUGAUUAGAACCAGACAGAAGUAUUUUAUUCGGAACCUGAACACAAUCUUCACUGUUUGGCAGGAAUGCCCGUUGAUGGAAGUGCCCGGACCAAACUCCAAGAAAGCUAAUAAUCAAGAGACUUCCUACAGACUUGAGUCAUUUGUAUAG